AUGGCUACUGCGAAGGUUAAUGGCGCAGAGAUCUAUUAUGAGGAAUCGGGGAGCGGACCACCCAUCAUCCUUUCUCCCGGUGGGCUCCAGGGUGUCGCAAGCAGCUACCAGCCGGUGAUCGAGGCUCUCUCACAGGAGCACCGAGUAGUUGUUUAUGAUCGCCGCUUCGGGGGCCAGUCCCGCAGCCCGUUGGUCGUCCAGACCUGGGAAAUGGUUUGCGAUGACGUUUUCGGCCUGAUGGACACUCUGGGCAUGGACCAGGCAUACCUGGGAGGUGGCUCUUUUGGCGCUGCCAUAUCCUUCGGAUGCGCUUUUCGCCGCCCCGAGCGCGUCCGCGCCAUCUUCCCUUCCAACAUCGCCGGAGGCGUGAUCUGCGACGGAUACCUCACCGGCAAAUUGUUCAAGAGCAUGGACAUGGCCGAGAACGACAGCAUUUCGUCGGUGGUGGACGCGUUCGACUCCGACGACCGCUUCUCCCCUUUUAGUCCCGAGAUAGCACAAACCGAUGCCCAGUACCGCAAAACCCUGGAAUCCAUGAACACCGAAGAUUUCGUUCAGGUCAUGCGCGACACCAUCUACGCCUUUUUCGACGGCUCAUAUCCGACUUUGGGCAUGACCAAGCAGACUCUCCAGAGCAUCCGCGUCCCGGCGAUGGUUAUGCCGGGAAACAAUGACGUUCAUCCUCGGCGCGUGGCCGAGAUGGUCCACCGACUGGUGCCCAACUGCGAAUGGGCCGAAGUGCGCCCCCACUCAGAGGAACCCGAGAAGUACACCAAACGCGUCAUCCAGUUUUUGUCCACCGUGGAGGCCGGCUGA